UUUUCGAAUUGGCAAAAAUUACAUCAACACACUACUAAAUCUUAUUUUGUAUUUUCCUUAGUUAUUCGGUAUUAAAGGAUUAUAAAUCUUGUAUGGUGUUCAUAGAACACUUUAAGGAAUACAUUUUGAGCAUUGGAAUGUAUCUUUGCAGUGAAAUAAUGCUUUUAUAGAAAGUGCCCAUUUUGCCUGUUGAGUCGGUUUCUCUCCGAUUCCGGUUGACUCCGAUCGACUCUGGACGAUUCCAACUCGAAAUGACUCCGGGAGAAUCCUAGUCUGGGUGGAACUAGUGGUUCCCAUUUUGCCGGAGCCGGAGUCGAAUAGGAGUUGUAGGUGCGCUCCAAAGAGCACAUCACUACCACACACACACACUGACUCGCACAAACGUUCCAGUAAUGUUGCUCUUAACCAAAAAAAAUAUUAAAAAUCCUUUUUUUUUUUUUAGGGUAACAAACAGUACCAAUUGGGGCUGACAAUUGAGGCACACGGGAACAUUACUGGCAAAAACAUCCCAAAAAUCAAGCAAGAAAAAAAGCAAUACAAUUUACUAAAAUGCAAAUGUUUGCAUAUGUGUGUUGCACACAUACAAACGUCAUGUUGCAGCAUCGGCUGUGCUGCCCAUAAUGCUGCCCCGUUCAGCCACACUGUUCCCUUCUUUGUGUGUGUGUGUGUGUGUGUGUGUGUGUGAGUGGCUGUGAUCAAAGAUUGAGGAAAAACAAGAUGAAAACGAAAUGACAGCAAGCAAGAGAGAUGGUUCUGGUUGGCAGCUGGCGAAAGCUGCUGCUCAAGGGAGAGCUGACGAUGUCCAGGAAACAAAGAGGGCUGAAAGCCUCCUUUCAUCGGCCGCGUGAAUGACAUUGUCGUCGUUGUUGUUGUUGUUCGAGGAGGUACAGGAGGAAAAAGUUGGCCAACAAUUACCGCUCCCUGCUUCUGGUCAACUUACGGCAGGGUUUCCAAUAGCGCCCCGUCAAUCAUCAAAGUAGGCCUGCACUAACAUCAACUCACUGUAGCAGCAACAGAGCCACAACCACCACCACGACCACGAGUAGGCCCCAGAUACUGGCCGCGAUGCCGUGGGUGGCACCGUUGGACAAUGCGGCCGCCGCACAGAUCGUCUGCCGGUUCUACCAGUACGGUGCGUGCCGGUUUGGCAGCACCUGCCGCUUCAUACAUCCCGCCGCCGAGCCGGCCACACUCGGCAGCAGCUGCAGCAGCAGCAGCAGUAGCAGCACCACCAGCAGCGGCAGCAGCUAUCACACCGGCAACAGUAUCAGCGACGGCAGCAGUCCGGCCGACAGUGCACCGGCACCGAAGGCCAGCGCGGGCGCCGCUGCGCCCAACACCGAACAGAGCAGCCAUACAGGCGCCGUCGAUCUGUCCCGCUGGAUCGAUGCGCCCGUCUUUGUGCCGAAGGCGAAGCUUCCCCUCGAACAGCCGCCCCAACCGCCACAGCAGCAGCAGCAGCCGCGAAAGAACAAGCGAAAGAGCGACCGUCGCACAGUGGUGGUGGACGAGCUACAGCAGCAGCUGCGUCGCACAGCGAUGGACAAGUCACAGCAGCAGCAGCAAGCGGAGCAGGAGGUAGAGGACACAGAGGAGAAGCCGGACGUGGACGGGCUGGACAACGAGGCCGACAAUGAGGCGGACAACGAGGAAGAGGAGGACGAGGAGGAGGAGCUGGAAGAAGUAGAAGAAGAGGUGGAAGAGGAGAACGAUAGUGGUGGUGCGGUCGGUGGGCUUGCCGCCGACGCCGCCGGCUCGCCCCUGCUUUCCUACGCGAACGUCGUCACGAUGAACAACAACCACAACGGCACGGAGCCGGAGGUGGGGCCGGCCGGUGAGGUGCGGCUCUGCGCCCACUACGAAAAGCACGGCCUCUGCCCGCUCGCCGACUGCGUGCACGUGCACGGCGAGCUGUGCGAGCUCUGCCAGCGGUACUGUCUCGAUCCGCGCGACCGGGAGCAGCAGCGGCGCCACAACGCCGACUGCAUCCGGGAGCACGAGCUGGAGAUGGAGCACGCGUUCGCGGUCCAGCGGUCGCGCGACAAAUCGUGCGGCAUCUGUCUCGACGUGGUGAUGGAGAAGCGGGCCCGGGAGCAGCGGUUCGGCAUACUGCCCAACUGCAAGCACACCUUCUGCCUGAGCUGCAUCCGCACCUGGCGCAAGGCGACCAACUUUGCCAACAAAAUCAGAAGGGGCUGCCCGACCUGCCGCGUACCGUCCGACUUCGUCUGCCCGAGCUUCGUCUGGGUGGAGGCGGGCGAGGAGAAGGAGCGGCUGAUCGAGAACUACAAGCAGGCGUGCAACAACACCGACUGCAUGCACUUCAAGAAGGGUGCCGCCAACUGCCCGUUCGGCAACAAGUGCUUCUACCGGCACGCGCUACCGUCCGGCGAGCUGGUCGACCUGGGGGCGCCGUCCCGCCGCCGCAACCCGAACCGGGCCGCCCGGGGGCACAUCGAUCCGCUGCCGCUGCAGGAGGUGCUCGCGGCCCUGCUCGCCCGCCGCAGCCUGACCCUGCACGACGAGCUGCUGACGUCGCUGUUUUCCGACCUGGACGACUCGGACUACGAUCUCGAGUCGAACGUGCGCGGGUACGGUUUCUGGUCCGACUCGUCCGAAUCCGCCGACGACUAUCUGUUCGACAUUGUUUGAGCCGUUUGAGCGCGGAGGAAGGGGGGGGCACGUGAAAUUUCAGAGAGAGAGAGAGAGAGAGAGAGAGAGAGAGAGAGAGAGAGAGAGCCAAAGCAAAAUUGCACGGUACACACAUGCAAAACAUUCAAACACACACUCAUACCCACACACAUACAAAUACAGGUUGAAACAGUGUUAGGUUCUACGCGAUUCUGCUUGUAGAAAGCUGCUGUACGUGUGUGUGUGUGUGUCUGCGGAUUGUUAAAUAUUGUAUCGUUAGUUCGGACCGUUAUUAUUAGUACUAUACAUAUAUAUAUAUUCCUCGCGGGAAAGCAACUUCGUUCCGGGGGAGGGGGGAGGGGGUGAAUUUAUCGCCAGCAAAGGAUAAACGAGAAAACCACUUCAAAAAAUCGCCAAAUACCAAAAUCGAAAGUGCUAAGCCACGGACGGAGGCCAUAAUAGGGAGGUGAAGAAGGGAAGGAAGGAGAGAUGGAGGAGGGGAGGGGUGCACACACACACACACGCUGCAGCAGCAUUCCGUCGCCACUAUCCAGUGGUUGCUCAAAAGCUUUUUCUUACUUCCCUCCUCUUUCCCUCUCUCUCUCUCUCUCUCUCUCUCUCUCUCCUCGAGUCACGCACACACACACACACACACACACAUUGUCCUUCCAAAACCAAAACACUCUCAGCUUAAUCUACCUCAUUCUCCCAUUCUUACCUUCCCCCACCCCCCGCCUCUCCCCACCAUCUCUGCGACUGUGAUGCCCUUGUGUUAGUGUGCGUGCGCGUGCGUGUGUGUGUGGUGGUGAAUUUUAAAUGCAGGGUUGCAGGGACACAAACAAACACAAACGCAAGAAGCAAGAGCAAUUAGAGAAUAGUCAACAAAACAAAACGACCCAUCGACUCAUCAACCCCCGCUCCCGCCCGUUCACAAAACACACCGGUCAUUUGCCAGUUCCAACUGUGAGGCAGUGACGCACCCCGUCCCACCCUCUUUCUUCGCUUACUGCUUGAUACAGGGUUUUCCAGGGGUUCUCAUAGUUGUGAGACACUUCCUUGGCUCUUUCCUAUGGGAAGUGAACUUCUUAUGAUGGAAAUUGGACUCUAUGGCACCCUUGAUAGAUGGGCUCUUGGAAAUUCCUAUUGGAUUAGUCCAACAAGGGUGCUAUAGAGUCCAAUUCCUAUUGCAGUUAAGUUCAUUUCACGUAAGAAGCAGUCAAUAAAGUGUCCCACUGCUAUGAGAACUGCUGGAAAACCAUGUAAAGUUGCUUUGUAAUUCUUUAUUUUUUUUUGUUUUUUUUGCUGUAUUACAUCGCGGUCCCUCGCCAAAACGCGUUCGGCGAUGAUGAUAGACUUACCCUGGCGCGCCGUCGUGGUGCACACACGUGUAUAGAUGUAUUUCUUUUUGAACUUCGGCAGAAGGGGGGAUGGGAAGGGGGGGCGGCUCAUCAUUAUUUAAAAUUCAAUGUUUGUGUUUUUUUUUUCUUCUCUGCUCCGUUUCAACACUCCAAAUGAGCAUUAGCAUGUAGGGCAGAUCGUAUAGUGUGUAUAGUGCGUGUAUAGUGUGUAAGGUUCGCUGUGCAAAAGUGUUAUGCGUGCGCGCGUAUGUGUGUGUGUGUGUGUGCAAAGGCCGUUUUGUUUGACAGUCUGCUCCAGUACUGCUUUUCCCCGUUUGUAAAAGUGUAUUUCUCGGAGAGAGGGACACAAGCAAACGGUGCGGGCACGGCACUUCCCUCAACCCGCUACCCCGCUCCACUAAAAGCGCACCAGACACACACACACACACGCACAUCGCCAUUAUCAUUCGAAAUCAUUAAAUUAUUGUUAAACUCUACUUUUCGGGGUUUUUUUGUGUUUUUUUUCUCUUUUGCUUCAAAAUUGUUAGGUUAUGGCCCUUGCGAGACGUGCACAACGCAGUGAAUACAGUGUAGCAAGAAAGAAACAGACGAACAAACCGGACAUAAUCAAACGAUUGAAAACUUAGUUAGUAUGUGCGUGGGUGGGUGGGUGUGUGCGCGUGUGUGUACGGCAUUUCGUCUCAUUUUUAAUUAACGCGACAACACACUUUCUGACACUUUCUUCUUUGGCACAACAACUGGCAGGAUAAACACGUCCUGCGUAUCGGUCCAUCAGGGACCGGAAUGUUUUUAAGACGUGCGAGUAACUUUUCUGAUGCGGGUGGUGAAAAAUUUGAAGAAAAAAGAACUCCAAGCUCUCGUGUGUAUACUCUAACGAUAUAUUAUUAACGAUCUAUAUGUUGGAUUAUUUUUGUGAUAAAAGAAAAAGCAAACCAAGCAA